AUGGCUGUCGGUAAAGUGACCUUCACCAAGGUGGAGAGAGAGAAGCUAGCCGAGGUCCUCUGGCUGCUCAACUGGAUCUCUGUGGUGACGGGGGUCAUCCUCUUUGGCCUCGGCUUAUUCCUCAAAAUUGAAAUUCAGAAAUGGCAAGAAGUGAUGUCAGAGCACGGGAUCCUCUACGUGCCACACAUGCUGAUCACCACAGGCCUGGCGGCCGGCUGCAUCAACUUCCUCGGGGGGAAGAUUUGCCUUGACUGCGCAGACACCAACAAGUUCCUGCGAUGGAAGCUGGUGAUGAUGCCGUACGUCAUCUGCACCUUCUUCUUCACCUCCUGCGUCCUGGCCGGGGCACUCAUGUGCUACAGCAUCCGUGGUCAGCUGGAGGAGUCUCUGUUCCUAGGCCUAAGGAACGCCAUGCGCUACUAUAAGGACACGGACACGCCUGGCCGCUGCUACCUGAAGAGGACUCUGGACCUGCUGCAAAUCCAGUUCCACUGCUGCGGGAACACCGGAUACCGGGACUGGUUCCAGGUCCAGUGGAUCAGCAACCGGUACCUGGACAUGAGUAGCAGAGCUGUGCAAGACCGUCUGAGGAGUAACGUGGAGGGGAAGUUCCUGAUGGACAGCGUCCCCUUCAGCUGCUGCAGCACCUUCUCCCCUCGACCCUGCAUCCAGCAGCAGGUCAGCAACAGCUCGGCCCAUUUCAACUACGACCUGCAGAGCCAGCAGCGGAACCUGUGGAGGAGAGGCUGCCGACAGGCGCUGCUCGACCACUACACGGGCAUCAUGCAGUCCAUUGGCCUCACCGUCCUCCUCAUCUGGUUGUUUGAGGUGAUGGUUCUGACCGGAGUCCGCUACCUGCAGACGGCCAUGGAGAACGUCCUGCAGCUCGGUGAUCCUGAUUCAGAGUCGGAUGGUUGGAUUCUGGAGAACAGCCUCGCAGAAACCGCUAGGUCCAACUUCAACAUCAUCAAGAACCUGGGGAAGUGUUACCAGGCCGACGAGGACCCGAACAUCAACGUCCCGACCGCUGCUGUCGACCAGGAAGUGCCGUCGCAGCAGAACCCGAGGACCAGCUGA